CUUGGUUUAAUGGCCAGCGCGCUUCUGGAUUACAUUACUGUCCGGUUAUGCUUACUAAGCGACCUCCUUUCCGUCUAUUUAUCUCAAAGUUAUCUCCCUGCUGUUUUGACACGUGCUGACAAUGCGAAGUACCCUUCUCCAUUUGCUAAGAGACGCACUGCUCGGCCUGGUACAGCACUGCGCGAUACUUAAAAGUUCCAUUCUUUCUUUCCACAAGGGUCCUAAAGCCCAGCGGCAUGGAGCAACGUACAACUCUUCCAAACAGAAAGUGCGGUGGUGCGCGGAGAAAAGCCUGCAAUGAGUGCAAACAGCACAAAAUUAGAUGCGACAGCGCCAGACCACCUACAGAGCCUUGUUCACGUUGUCAACGACUACAAAUCGAGUGCAAGAUUGAACCAUCCUUCCGACGUACCAUGAGAAGGAAACGGAAUGCGGAGAUGGAGAGCGAGAUUGCCGGACUCCGCCAACGCCUGGCUACUGGCGUUGCCGAUGGGGGCUCUCAGUAUUCACAGGAAGGACAUUUGGGUACAGCAUCUGGCUUGGAAGUUGCAUUGUCUAGUCAAUCUAGUAACCCCGAAAAUACCGAAUUAUACGGAUGGACGCCGUUAGCCUCUUUGAGCGAGAGAUCACCUAGAGCGUCAGAAGCAGACUUCUGGAAACUUGAAGACGUUUCGCUUUCUCAGAGGAAAGUAGCAGAGUUGUUUGAGGAGUACUUCGGGCAUUACCAUAUUUUUCUACCACUACUAGACCCUCAAAAAUCACCCUUGGAAUAUCUUCGGUCCUGCCCAUUGCAAGCAUGGACCGUUAUUUGUACCGCCAGUCGACGGGAUGCAUCAAAUCCCAAUUUCCUCAACCAACUCUUAGGCCCAUUCACACGACUUAUGUGGGCCACGGUGAACAGUAUACCGCAGGACUAUAAUGUGAUCAAAGCUCUUUGCCUGCUAUGUACUUGGCCACUCCCCACAACCACUCAAAAGGCAGAUCCCACGUUUGUACUCAGUGGAAUAAUGAUGCAGCUAUCGAUGCAAUCAGGAUUGCACCGGCCAGUACGGGCGGAGGAGUUCACCACGCUGCACAUAAGCCACGGCGAAGCUGUUAAGGACCGCCUACAGACUUGGCUUGUCUGUAAUAUAGUAGCUCAGAAUGUCUCUACCGGAUAUGGACAGCCUUCAGGGACAGUGUACGACUGGGCUCUCGGGCCAUCCUCACUGCAGGAUGCUGAUUACUUCCCUUCAGAAGACCUUCGUGUGCGCUUUCGCAUAGAGAAGUUCUGUGAUCACGUUACAAGGACUGUCUAUAACACCAGACCAGAGGCCGCAGAUUUCAUCAGUACGGAAAAACUCCUGAUUGUGCAGCUCCUGGAGAACGAACUCGAAAAUAUGGAAACUGAGCUGGGAAGGAACAUAUCCCGUAUAAAUAAAACCUACCUGCGCGGCGCAGAGUUGCACCUCCGAUGUUUCGUGUUUUUGGGCACAAAUGCACGAAAGGAAAGCUUCACAAAGCUAUUCGUCGCGGCCACAGCAUUCCUCUCCCAAGUUCUGGAACUAGAAACAUCAGGCCAGAUUGGUCAUGCGACAAAUUAUAUAUUGCAAAUGACUGUCUCUGCGGCUUUCGCACUGCUGAAGAUUUUAAAAAGCCGCAUUCGACACCAGAUCGAUUUCGAAUACGGCAAGUUACUUUUCAACGGAGCGAUUUCGGCGCUGCGACGGACUAGUGUGAUGAGACGGGAUCGCCCAGAUCGCCUCGCAGAUGUGUUGGCGCAGAUGUGGAAUGCCACCGACACUGCAUCGUGGCCGUUUGAUGAAGAAGAGACGCCGCAGCUUAAAAUCCGCUGUCGGAUGAGCAUGAGUCAUGUGUUCGAUACCGUUUGGCGCUGGCGCCACCAGUUUCGGGCGGGUAUGAAUGCUAAUGGGGUUCAAUGUGCUACUGCAGAUAAACCGAACGAAGAGGGUGGCACGAGGGGCGGACAGUCUGAUGGACCGCUCAUGGAUUCUUUAUUAAUGUGUCCGCCACAAGUCAACGAGGGAGCCGCAAUGCCUACUGACAAUGACUUCUCUGAGAUAUUUGAUUCCCUUGUUAUGGUUUUUGAUGACAUUCCUGAUGCGAUGGUCAACCCAUCAUUGCUUUGAGUUCUUGAACAGUCAUUUCCUUCUUGAUUGCAGAUGCGCGAAAUUGCCUGUGAAGUGACAAAUUGGUGGGGAGAUUCGUGAAGUACGAACGUGGCAUUGGAACAAGGCGACGAAAAUAUAGAUGGUCGAAAUGUGAGUGAAAAAGACCACACUUUGGGCAUUAUCGUACCAACGCGAUUCCUAUUUGGCCACAUAUUUUGUAGUAUCGAACCUGAGAGAGCAGCGGCUUUAAGGUGAGCCUGCUAGCAGCCACAG